AUGGCAAACAAAACGAACUCUACUAGCUCUAAUGCUUACUAUGGCUACGAGUACUAUAUGGACUAUGUGGAUCUUCCUCAAGUAGAUGAAAGAAAGUUGAAAGCUAACAAAUAUUCAAUCGUCAUUGCGUUUUGGGUUAGUCUUGCAGCUUUUGUGGUACUUCUCUUCCUAAUUUUGCUCUACAUGUCCUGGUCUGGCUCGGUUCCAAUAAGGGGUGCCCGUUCACACUGUAAGUGCACAUGGAAUUACAUCUUCAACUUAUUCUUCUUCACCCAAAAGGCCAGAGGCUUUCAAAUCAGCCCCACAAACACCUCACAGCCUCAGGGCCAGAGCCAAGAACUAGAAGAUGGAAAUGAGCAGCCACAGGGUAAUAACUGCACCCCGGAUUCUGUUCUAAUCACUGCCCCUGAUAAUACUACUCCCGUACAAGAAAAUGCACAUCACAGAGGCCUGGUGGUCUGA